AUGCCCUGUAACUGGAUCGCGUCUGGUGAUGCUAUCCCCAAAUCUGGCCAGGACCGCGACAGGAUCGCCGAGGGGGCGGGCGUGAUCGGAUUCGAGCUGAAAAGGAUGCGGGUGUGGGACGACUUUGCGUGCGCCUCUGACUAUGCCCACAUCGAUAAGGUCAAAGCAUGGCAGCAGUACGCAGCAGCGACGGCGGUAGCGUGUGGGAAAGCGUUUCUAGACUUCUGGGUGCCUCUGCUACCAAAUGCGCAACAUCCCGCUAGAGUUCCGGACAGCCUCUCACCUGAGUUUUCAGCUGAGUGA